AUGCCGAUCAUCACGGACUUCCGGACCACGGACCGAAUCUUCGGACCGGGGUUUUACAUGUACAAGAUGUGGGAGAAAGUCGUAGCCCCCAUGGGUCUACAUCUCGUGAUGCACGUCAAUUACUCCCCCGUCAUUGUACAAAUGCGACAACUGGAAUAUAGGAUCCAGAUCAUCACCGGAUGCUGGGGAUGGCGCACUGUAGAUUGCUUGGAUGUGGUACACCGCCACAGUUUCACCGACAUGGGCAAAAAAAUCGUGGAUAAUCUCAAUAUCCCCAUGAAUUGUAAAGUUUUUGGGAUCUUCCAAAUAAUCGAAUCCAGUGAAACCUAUCACUUACCUUCACGGGCGCACGCUGAGAUUAUGACGCACAGAUGCAACCCAGUCAAGUCGACUAUCGAAAUGAUCAACGGUGACGCCGUCGCGGGCAUUAACACGACCAAUAAUCGGGCCUUUGUUGUCAUUACGGCGACCGUCAAGUCGCUGACGCGGUACACUAUGUUAAAACAAUUGCAGUUCCUAGUCCUGUGA